UUCAAAUGAGCUUCACGUUAUGCUGUUGAAAUGUGAGCUGAUGUCGGCUUGAAAGGAAAACACUGACGGAAGCGUCAGCCUCUCGCUCUCGGUUUCUCUCUUUGGAGAAUGUUCUGCCUUUGAUGAAACCUCUCUUGUGUGUGUCUGGCUCUGCAGGAGGAAUCGAAGCGAUGAAUAAGCUACGGCAGAGUUUUCGCCGGAAGAAAGACGUGUACGUGCCGGAGUCCAGCCGGCCGCACCAGUGGCAGACGGAUGAGGAGGCUGUGCGCGUGGGCAAGUGCAGCUUUGCCGUCAAGUAUCUGGGCCACGUGGAGGUGGACGAGUCUCGCGGCAUGCACAUCUGCGAAGAAGCCGUCAAGAGACUGAAGACGGACAGAAAGUUCUUCAAAGGCUUCUUUGCAAAAUCGGGUAAGAAGGCCGUGCGAGCAGUGCUGUGGGUGUCUGCGGAUGGCCUGAGGGUCGUGGAUGACAAGACGAAGGACCUCAUUCUGGAUCAGACAAUAGAGAAGGUAUCGUUCUGUGCCCCGGACCGGAACUUUGAACAUGCCUUCUCCUACAUCUGCAGAGACGGUACCACUCGCCGCUGGAUCUGCCACUGCUUCAUGGCCAUCAAAGACUCGGGGGAGCGUCUCAGCCACGCUGUGGGCUGCGCGUUCGCCGCAUGUUUGGAACGGAAACAGAAGAGGGAGAAGGAGUGCGGAGUCACAGCCACUUUUGACGCCAACCGUACCACUUUCACACGGGAGGGCUCCUUCCGAGUUACCACGGCAACAGAACAGGCGGAGCGAGAGGAGGUCAUGCGACAAAUACAGGAUGGCAAGAAAGACUCGGACACCAUGUUGGGCCACUCUGUCAGUGUGAUGAAUCCAGCGGUCACCCUUGUCGGACCCAACGGCUCGUCCUCCUCCCCUCCUCUGCCCAUGAGCAACCCUCAGGAAGUCAACCCUCACGCCAUCCCCCGACGGCACGCACCCGUGGAUGCGCUCGCUCGUCAAGGCUCGUUCCGGGGUUUCCCGGCGCUCAGUCACAAAACCUCACCCUUCAAACGACAAAUGUCUCUGCGCAUGAAUGAGCUGCCCUCCAACAUGCAGCGCAAGUCUGACUUCCCUAUCAAAAACACUGUGGUGGAGGUAGAGGGGGAAGGCGACAGCAUCAGCUCUUUGUGCACACAGAUCACAUCCACCUUUAGUGGACCCCCGGAAGACCCCUUCUUAUCGGCACCCAUGAACAAACUUGCCUCCUCGCCUCAGUCGCCCUCUGCUCCAGUGAAUGGCACGCCUCCUGCCUUUCCUGCUUCGCUGCCACCCAACGUCAAUGCAACUGCUGCUAACUCUCCUAUCCUUCCGCCUCCGCUGCCGGUCCGAGACACUAACCCUUGGGCCAAGACCCCAACCACAGCCACUACUAUGGCAAACACAGGGGGUGAGUGGCCGAGCGCUUCACCUGCAGGGGGAGCCCUACCUGCGGUCAGCGCGAUUCUUUCUGCGCCUGGGUCCUGCCACAAACGCACACCAUCCGAAGCAGACCGCUGGCUGGAGGAGGUGUCCAAAUCUGUCCGUGCCCAACAACCUGCCGCGAUCGCGAGGACCGAUACGCCUCCAAAGCAGGCCUUCCCUGUCCCUGCCGUGCCUGUCCCCGUAGCCCCGGGCCACUCUGCAGCCUUCAUGCCUUCCAUACCCUCCGCGAUCCCCACUGUACCCCUGCGUCAGCCCGCGUUCCACGCACAAGCCCCGGCUUCCUUCCCGGUGUCCAACGGGCUCCCGUUUGUCCAACCGAACUUUCCAGUGGCCGGCAUCACACCUUCGCAGAUGGUGGCAAACGUGUUCGGUUCAGCCACACAAACUCAGCCCAUCCCUGUGCCUGUUCCAGUUCCAGUUCCCCAAACGCAACUUCAGUCGUCACCUUUCUCAACCCCACCGUUAGGCCACUUUGACACCCAGAGCGCGUACAGUCCCUUCGGCAAACCGCCCCUACCUCCAGUGUCAAACGCCAUGGUGCCGCAGCCGCCUAAAGGGACUGUCACUUUUAACGGUGCUAACAGCUGGCAGUCACCCACACAACCAUUGGUGGUACAGCAACAGGCCGAUGCUUUUGACGCCCAGUGGGCUGCCUUGGAGAGCCGAUCGCAACAACGCACCGGUCCCUCCCCAACAAACCCCUUCUCCAGCGAGCUCCACAAGACUUUUGAGAUCCAGCUCUAAGGAUACGCAGUGUGGCCGGAGGUCACAGACCCACUCUGAAGGACAACACAAUGGAUGUUAGUGGAGGGACAGCAAGAGGGUAUCGGCCCUGCAAACCACUUCAGCUCCGUAUUUUAAAGUUUCUUUGUCCACUCGUUCAUGUCAUUUUUCUUGUGACAUGGAGGCGAAGGGGUGGAAAGUUCACCGGUAAAAUUCUGUCGCAUUUGUGUCCAAGAAGAGUUAGAGUUAUAAAUUAAUGAAGAAUUCUUUAGAUGCUCUAACAUGACCCCACAUUGUUCAGUACCUCCUCUACCCUGCUAACUCGUCUCACAGCGCCCCCUAGCAGGCUGGAUGACUGCUGCCAACCCGAAGGACGAGGCACUGAGAACAGACCUUCGGGUUUCUCGAGGUUCUUGAAGAACUUCCGAAGAUGACGAAGCAAGACAAUGCCAAAAUCUUUAUUUUUAUGCAUUAAGUAUAUUUUAAAUAGCUUUGAGAUUUAAAAGAAGAGCUGUAAAUAAUCUUUCCAACAGUGCAGGCUUAUUUUGUGUGCAUACAGGAAAAGAGCAUAUAUAUAAAUAUAUAUCUGUGAAGGGACAUUUUUAAUUUCUCGUCUCUUUUCAGUUUUAGUCUUAUGGCCAUCUUCUAUAGUUGGAUGUUUUGUAAAUAGAUAAUCAAUAUGGACCCAACGUUGAGUUUAAGGACUUUUGAAUCACUCUGGUCCCAGACAAUGUUUUCUGUCUUUAAUCAUCUUCUUUUUUGCUACUUUAGUACUCAUCAGUACUUUUAUUUCUAUUGCCUACGUAUAAUAAUUUUAAACUGUUUUAAAUGAAUUCUAACAAUAUUUGACAGUUUGUUUUUUAUUUCUAUAAAGAGAUAUCUGUUUAUGAUAGCACAAGCACUGUACUAAUUGAUCAUUUGGCCGGUUAAUAUUAAGCUCUGACGUUUAUCUAAGUCUUGAAAUGACUUGUGGCUUCAGCUCUACAAUGGUUGCAGUCUUUUUUUCCGCAUUUUCACUCAGCCUCGUUGACCCUUAUGUUUUAUUAAAAGCGAAGAUGAUUGGUCAUGUUUUUAAGUUUUGAUUCCAUUUUGUAAGUAUCGCAUUGUAUUAUUCAGAUUCUUUAAGAGGAAUUUAAUCUAAAAGAUUGAAUAAAAUGUUGGUGAUAGAGAAAAACAUAA